AUGGACUCCUCUCUCGACCUUCAACCCCUAAGCGAAGCCGUCGCCCAAAGCCUCAGCAGCCUUAGUCUCUCCAGCCUAGCCACAUCAAACUCCCUCGACUCCGACCCCUCCCCAUCCUCGACGCCAGCAACUUCAGGCACGUCAACCCCCUUUGAACCGCCCGAGCCACGCAAAGUCCUCUACCCUCUCCCCCCACAAUCCCGACCCCUCCAAGUCCUCCCGGAAGACCUCAAGACCCCCGACUCCCACGUUCCCCGCGACCCGCGCCUCAUCCGCCUAACCGGCAUCCACCCCUUCAACGUCGAGGCCCCCUUAACCGACCUCUUCAACGCAGGCUUCCUCACCCCUACCUCCCUGCACUACGUGCGCAACCAUGGCGCCGUGCCCUUCGUCCCCGACUCGUCCAUCCUCGACUGGGAGGUCACCGUCGAGGGGAUGGUCCAGCACCCAAUGAAGCUUACACUAAGGGAGUUGUUGGAUGAGUUCGAGCAGGUGACGUACCCCGUGACGCUGGUCUGCGCAGGGAACAGGCGGAAGGAGCAGAAUGUAGUCAGGAAGACGAAGGGGUUUUCGUGGGGCGCGGCGGGGGUGUCGACAGCGCUGUGGACGGGUGUUCCGUUGGUGGAGGUGCUGGCGCGGGCGAAGCCGUUACGCGGAGCGAGGUACGUCUGUUUUGAGGGGGCCGACGCCCUGCCGAAUGGGCACUACGGCACGUCGGUGCGCUUGAGUUGGGCGAUGGAUCGUCAGCGGGGGAUGUUGCUUGCGCACGGGAUGAACGGGGAGGUGCUGCAUCCGGAUCAUGGGAAACCCUUGCGAGUUGUCAUCCCCGGCCAGAUCGGCGGACGCAGCGUCAAGUGGCUCAAACGCAUCAUUGUGACCGCCCAGCCGUCAGACAAUUGGUAUCAUAUCUACGAUAAUCGGGUGCUGCCGACGACGAUUGACCCGGAGCAGAGCGCGAAUGUGCCCGACGUGUGGCGGGACGAGAGGUACGCGAUCUACGACCUGAACACGAACAGCGCGGUGUGUGUUCCCGCGCACGAGCAGCGCGUAACGCUUGCCCAGCAGGAUGGCGCGUUCACGCUGAGGGGGUACGCCUACGCGGGCGGCGGACGUCGCGUCACCCGUCUCGAAGUGACGCUCGACCAGGGCCGGUCGUGGAAGCUGGCCGAGAUCGACUACCCCGAGGAUGCAUACCGCGCUGUUCCCGACGGCGAGACCCUGUUCGGCGGCCGCAUCGACGUCGCGGCCAGGGACACGUCCUUCUGCUGGUGCUUUUGGAGGCUGGCCCUCCCCCUGAGCGAGCUGGCUGCGGCAGGGGAUGUGAUGGUGCGCGCCAUGGACGAGGCCCUGCACGUCCAGCCCAGGGACAUGUACUGGAGCGUGUUGGGUAUGAUGAAUAACCCUUGGUAUCGUGUCGUUAUUCAUCGGGAGGGGGAUUCGCUGUGGUUUGAGCACCCCGUGCAACCAGCGCUGAUGCCGGGGGGCUGGAUGGAGAGGGUCAAGAGGGAGGGAGGGGAUUUGGCGAAUGGCUUCUGGGGGGAGAAAGUGCCGGGGAGUGGGGGCAAUGGGAAGAUCGAGGAGGAGAAGCUCGUGAAGGAGAUCAGCAUGGUCAACCCCGACGUGAAGAGGGAGAUUACGCUGGAGGAGCUCCAUCAGCACUCGGGGGAAGAAGAGCCUUGGUUUGUGGUGAAGGGCCAGGUUUAUGAUGGCACGCCGUUUCUGAGAGGCCAUCCGGGCGGCGCCGCGUCGAUUAUCCAUGCCGCUGGGCAGGACGUGAGCGAGGAGUUUUUGGCUAUUCACUCCGAAAACGCCAAAGCAAUGCUCCCACAAUACCACAUCGGCUAUCUCUCUCCUUCCCUCUCAGCCCUCUCCCUCCCCCCUUCAAUGUCCCCCUCAACCCCCCAAACGACCUUCCUCUCCCCCACCUUUUGGUCCCAUCUGAUCCUUCACUCCAAAACCCCCAUCUCCCCUGACUCCACAAUCUUCACCUUCCACUUUCCCCCAUCCCACUCCCAUUUGCCUUUGGGCCUACCCGCGGGUAAACACCUCCUCUUGCGCCUCCGCGACCCAGCUACACGAGAGCCCAUCAUCCGCGCUUACACCCCCCUCUCUCCCUCCCACAACAUCGGCGAGGUACAAAUCCUGAUCAAAAUCUACCGCCCCGACGCGAAGAAGGGGUACCCCACGGGGGGGAGGAUGACAACAGCAUUAGAGAGCUUACCCCUAGGGCAUCCCGUUGAGACGAAGGGUCCAGUUGGGGGGUUCGAGUAUCGCGGUCGGGGACGGUGUGUCGUUCACGAGGCCGAGAGGAGAGUGAAGAGGCUUGUCAUGCUUGCCGGUGGGAGUGGCAUCACGCCCAUGUGGGCUGUCCUCCGCUUCGUCGUUGAGGGGAUGCGGCGGGGGGAGGGAGGGAAACGUGAGUCGGAGCCGGAGUCGGAGCCGGAGCCGGAGCCUGAGUGUGUAUUGGUGUAUGCGAAUCGCACUGAAGGCGAUAUCCUGCUGCGGCAGGCUCUCACACAACUUGAAGAGCAGAGUCGGGGGCGGUGUAGGGUCGUGCAUAUCCUAACUCAGCCCGGCGAGACAUGGCGCGGGUUGAAGGGCGAGGAUAAACCGUGA